CCAUGGGAGACAGCCGCAAGGAGGCGGAAAGAGCCGAGAAUCCGUCUGAGCCGCCUAGGGGAGCGCGAGCCUUGGAGGCCAUGGCGGCCUCGGAGCCCGGGUACCGGAGCUGGUCCUUGUGGCCCGAGGUGCCAUCCGCCACCUUCUUCACCGCGCUGCUCUCGCUGCUGGUGUCUGGGCCUCGCCUGUUCCUGUUGCAGCCGCCCUUGGCGCCCUCGGGCCUCUCGUUGCGGUCCGAGGCCCUACGCGACUGGCAAGUUUACAGGCUGGUGACUUACAUCUUUGUCUAUGAGAAUCCAGUCUCCCUGCUCUGCGGCGCCAUCAUCAUUUGGCGCUUUGCUGGCAAUUUUGAGAGAACCGUGGGCACCGUCCGCCACUGCUUCUUCACCGUGAUCUUCGCCAUCAUCUGCGCCAUCAUCUUCCUGUCUUUUGAAGCUGUGUCGUCGCUGUCAAAGCUGGGGGAGGUAGAGGAUGCCAGAGGUUUCACCCCAGUGGCUUUUGCCAUGCUGGGAGUCAAUUCCGUCCGCUCUCGGAUGAGGAGGGCCCUGGUGUUUGGCCUGGUCGUGCCCUCAAUGCUGGUGCCAUGGCUCCUGCUCUGUGCCUCCUGGCUCAUUCCCCAGACCUCUUUCCUCAGUAACGUCUGUGGACUUGGAAUUGGGCUAACAUAUGGCUUCACCUACUGCUACUCCAUCGACCUCCCAGAGCGAGUUGCACUGAAGCUCGACCAGAAGUUCCCCUUCAGCCUGAUGAGGAAGAUUUCGAUGUUCAAGUAUAUCUCCGGCUCUUCAGCUGAAAGAAGGGCAGCCCAAAGCCGGAAGCCGCACGGCUUGCAGGAUGAUCUUAGUUCCCUGACCAGGGAUCGAACCCAGGUCCCCACAGUGAAAGUGCCGAGUCCUAACCACUGGACCGCCAGGGAAUUCCCCACUCUGACCAUUUCUUAAAGGCAGGGACGGGUACUGGGAAAAACAGAAACGCACACUCACCCAUUUUGUUUCAGGCAAGUAAUUCCUAGAGUCUAAAUGGGUGAGAGGUGUUUAAAUUUAGAAUUAGGUGUAUUGUAGCUUUUUGGCUCUUAAUUGCUGUUCUCACAGAAUCUAGAGAGAACUUAAGGGUCCUCGUUUGCAAACGCUCUCUCCCCCACCCUGUCCCGUGAAGGAAUCCCCUCUAAGACAGCUGAUGAUGUUCACCCCUGGCGGCUGGGGGCUAGCUCUCCAAGGCAGCCCCUGAUGAGAAAGGUCUUCCACGCUGAAUCGCAGUUACUUCUCUGUAACUGUGACACCGUGGUGCCGGGGGAUCCUGCUUCACCGUGACGCGCAGAUCUGGCCAGGGACCAUGGUGACCCUCUCAGCUCCUUCUGUGUCCCUUGCAUGGCGUGGUGUUCGAUCCCUCGUUAUCCUGGCCUGCUGUAGGCACCCGGGACAGAACAUGAUGUUUCGGAUGACCUGACAACGGGACAGAGGUGGUAUUACAACACGCAUGUUUGUUUUGGCAGUGGACCUGACUGCCUAGACAGCCUUGCCUCCCUGGAGGCUCUUGUCAAGCUUCUUAACGGCCAAAACCUCUAUAUUUUAAAAUGCCAGAAGUGCUGUUAAGUGUCCUGUAUCUGUACUUAAGCCGCUGAUUUGUAAGCUUAGGUUUGGAUUGAAAUGUAUACGGGUCUAGUCUAGUUACCUAACACAGGUACCAGUGGUGCUGACAUUUGUUCUUCAUAUUUGGAACCCCACACGAAGGUCACAGGCUAAAACCCUUAGAAUGUGUCGCCCUUGGUGGCCCCAGCCGCACGCGUCUGUGGUGGGGUCUCCAAACUCAGCACAGACAGCUCCCCACAUCUGUCAUGUCGGCUCCUGCCUGCCGGGACUUUGAGUUGUGAGUCUUUAUUCCUGAAGACACGGGUAGAAUAUCUCCCAGCAGACAAGGCCUGGGCCCAAGCCCUGUGUUACCAGUUAGAGCCCUCCCCUCCUCCCUCCCGCAGAGGUGGAUCCAUUCUCUCUGGGUCCAGUUGCUGAGCCGACCACAAACACACUGACUGCUGUGAUCUUGUCCCCACCUCCUUCCGGUCCAUCCAGUUUGCAAGCUGCUCUUACACCUCAGGGUGUCUCAGGCGUGGGCCCGAUACCCCUUCUUCCUGCUGGCUUACUGCAGGACCAUGAGUAGGCCCUGCCCCCUCUGGGCAUAUGUUUUCUGUCCAGUUGAGAUUGACCUUCCUCCACACUUGGAACUUUUACAGGUGGUUAUAGGAACCGUCCACAGCAUGCUGUAACAGAAAGCAGUAUAGUGACCCACGCUUCGCGCCUGCAGAUCGAGCGCUGGGGCUGCUGUGUGCCCCGGCAAGAGUGGCUGAGUGACCAUUUUCUCUCUGUUCCU